UGCGACCGUCCCGAACACCGCGCAUGCGCACAGUACACUCCAGGCCUCGGGAUGUCGGCACAGGUUGAAACUGACAAGGAAUUUGUCUACGGGUAUCUCGAACACAACACGCCAGUUUUGUAGUCUCUGUCCAAAUAAUUAAGAAGUGGAGCAAGGGAUUAACUCGAUCAUCCUUCCUGCUCAGACUAUCAGGAGGGAUUCACUCGAUCAUCUGACCGAUUGGCACACCGAUCAUUUUACACAGGGGGAACCCAUUCAUCUGCUCAGACAGUGGGAAAGGAUUCAGUCGGUCAUCUCAACUGAAGGUACAACAGCAAGUUCAAACUGGGACAAGGCCAUUCACCUAUUUGCUUGUGAGAAGGGAUUCAGUCAGUCUUCCCAGCUGCAGACAUACCAGUCAGUUCACCCUGGGCGGAGGCUGGUCAUCUGCUGAAUUUGUGGGGAAGGAUUCACUCAGUCAUCUGACCUAAUGGCUCACCAGCGAGUUCACACCGGGGAGCGGCCGUUCACCUGCUCGGACUGUGGGAAAGGAUUCACUCAGUCAUCUAAACUGAAGGUACAUCAGAGAGUUCACACUGGGAAGAGGCCAUUCACAUGCUCAGACUGUGGGAAGGAAUUCACUUGGUCAUCCCAACUGCAGAAACAUCGGCGAGCUCACACUGGAGAGAGGCCGUUCACCUGCUCAGACUGUGGGAAGGGUUUCACUCAGUCAUCCACCCUAAUGUCACACCACCUAGUUCACACUGGGGAGAGGCCAUUCACCUGCUCAGAAUGUGGGAAGGGAUUCACACAGUCAUCUAAACUGAAGGUACAUCAGCGAGUUCACACUGGAGAGAGGCCAUUCACCUGCUCAGACUGUGGGAAGGGAUUUACUUCGUCAUCCCAACUGAAGGUACAUCAGCGAGUUCACACUGGAGAGAGGCCAUUCACCUGCUCAGACUGUGGGAAGGGAUUCACUCAGUCGUCCGCCCUAAUGACACACCAGCGAGUUCACACUGGGGAGAGGCCGUUCACCUGCUCAGACUGUGGGAAGGGAUUCACUCAGUCAUCCGCCCUAAUGACACACCAGCGAGUUCACACUGGGGAGAGGCCGUUCACCUGCUCAGACUGUGGGAAGGGAUUCACUCACCCAUUCACCCUAAUGGCACACCAACAACUUCACACUGCAGAGAGGCCAUUCACCUGCUCAGACUGUGGGAAGGGAUUCACUUCCUCAUCUAAACUGAAGGUACAUCAGCGAGUUCACACUGGAGAGGGGCCAUUCUCCUGCUCAGACUGUGGGAAGGGAUUCACUUGCUCAUCUAAACUGAAGGUACAUCAGCGAGUUCACACUGGAGAGAGGCCGUUCACCUGCUCAGACUGUGGGAAGGGAUUCACUCAGUCAUCCACCCUAAUGGCACACCAGCGAGUUCACACUGGGGAGAGGCCGUUCACCUGCUCAGACUGUGGGAAGGGAUUCACUCAGUUAUACACCCUAAUGGCACACCAGCGAGUUCACACUGGGGAGAGGCCAUUCACCUGCUCAGACUGUGGGAAGGGAUUCACUUGGUCAUCCCAACUGAAAGUACAUCAGCGAGUUCACACUGGAGAGAGGCCGUUCACCUGCUCAGACUGUGGGAAGGGAUUCACUUCCUCAUCUCACCUGAAGGUACAUCAGCGAGUUCACACUGGGGAGAGGCCGUUCACCUGCUCAGAUUGUGGGAAGGGAUUUACUUCGUCAUACCGACUGAAGGUACAUCAGCGAGUUCACACUGGGGAGAGGCCGUUCACCUGCUCAGACUGCGGGAAGGGAUUCACUUGCUCAUCUCACCUGAAGGUACAUCAGCGAGUUCACACUGGGGAGAGGCCAUUCACUUGUUCAGACUGUGGGAAGGGAUUCACUUGCUCAUCUAAACUGAAGGAACAUCAGCGAGUUCACAUUGGGGAGAGGCCAUUCACCUGCUUAGACUGCGGGAAGGAAUUCACUCAGUCAUCCACCCUAAUGGAACACUGGCGAGUUCACACCAGGUAGCGGCUGUUCACCUGCUCAGACUGUGGGAAAGGGUUCACUCGGUCAUCUCAACUACAAAGACACCAGCAAGUUCACACUGGGUAGAGGCUGAUCACCUGCUCAGACUGCAGGAGGAGAUUCACUCAGUCAUCCGACCUACUGGUACACCAGCGAGUUCACUCUGGGGAGAAGCCAUUCACCUACUUAGACUGCGGGAAGGGAUUCACUCAGUCAUCCACCCUUAUGGCACACCAGCGAGUUCACACCGGGGAGAGGCUGUUCACCUGCUCAGACUGUGGGAAAUGAUUCACUUUUUCAUCUCAACUACAAAGACACCAGCGAGUUCACACUGGGGAGUGGCCGUUCACCUGCUCUGAAUGUGGGAAGCGAUUCACUCAGUCAUCUAACCUCAUGUAACUCUUGCUUAAAAUAGGGGUGAUAGUCCCCCAGACCGGCCAAACUUGAGAAAUAUCAUUUGGGUGGAUGCUGCGUGAUGUGUCCCCUGUUACAAAUCAGUACCCCAAAAUAACAAACAGUAUACAGUAUGCAAUUAAACGAUUGAGCGUUAUAAUUAUUACUUUGACUAUAGGGUUAGUAAAGAAAUCACAAAAAAAGAGCCCACUCUCUCCAUUCGUGUCUUCUCAUCUCUCCCCAGCAAAAGACCAUGAAAAUCUCUCUUCCAGACUCACAAGAAAGAACAUUUCCGUCAUUGGAUAGCCACACACUCCAAAACCCUGUUAUCUCUAAUCGUAACCUAAACAGUGCUGCUACAGAGAAACCAUUACUUUGGCAGUGAAACAUUGCAGAGAGGCCAUUACAUUAGCAGUGAAACCUUACAGCAAGUUGCACUUGUGACACACUACCGGGUUCACACUGGGGAGGAAGUUUCAAUAAGCUGCAUGCUGGAUAUUUCUCCAUCACCAUGCUGAAUGCAAUUUCGAGAGUGACUGUCGUUGCUGAACUCUGCAAUUAUUGCUGCUGCUCACCAUACCCAGUUCUGCACCCUGGUCACUGGGCAUGGGAGGAGUUUCUUCUGCUGCACAUUCACCUUUAAUGGGACUGGUGUUUAAUAUUCUGGAUCUGAGACAAAUAAAUCAGUUCUAUUUUAAACUCUGCCUCCCGUACUUAGUGAAUUUAUAACACAACUAGUGUACAGUAGAGAGUCAACUCCAGCUGGCUGGACCCUGCCAGUGAUUCAGAUCCACGACAGUCCUGUUAAAUCCUCCCCUGUUGUUCACCUCUUGCUCUCCCAGUGGUGAUGGGUUCCAAACAGUCACCACUCCCUUGAAUUCUCCACAAAUGAAGAAGUCGAGUUGACUGCAGUUCUGUCUAAGAUGUUCUUCGCCCCUCUAAUCUCUGGGCUGAGGAAGAAUGACAUUGGUAGUUAACCUCGUUAUUCACGGCUCAUUUCCACAUUAUGGGUCAUUUUCCCUGCUUCUAAAUGGUGGUUAGAAAACACCACUGCCCUCUAAAGACUGAACGCAGAAUGGGAAACCAUUAGUUGGAUGUUCAACGAAGCAGGGUCAGAAACCAGAGGCGGGUCUGCACAGGGCAGAGUUUGGGGCUCUGGACGAUGGUCCGGGUAAGAACGUAUGAUGAGGAGAAGGGAAUCAGCAGCGGGGCGUGGCAACGAAUGACAGAGUAACAACAUUUAGAAGGUGACUGACAGAGAAAACAAUUCGGUUGUCUGACUGAUGACACAAACAAUGCCUGAUGUGAGGUGCUCCACUGGUCGAGGAACAUGUGUGUUGGGAAUGCUUUUAUCUAUUGAGGGAGUUGUUCCUGCUUAUUUAUCUUGUAAUACUAUAUCAGGAUGGUUAUUUUGGAUUAUCCUAUCUGUAAUGAUGUAUUGAUAAUCAUAUAAAUUGUGAGAUUCUGUUCCUAAAACGGAAUCAGACUUGAAUUUAUGGUGCCUUAAUGAAGUUACGGUGGUCAUUCAUGAGUUUGUAUUUUCAAGCAAGGUUUUGGUGAAUGAUAUUUGCCACUUGAUUGUACCUGCAUAAGUAAUCAGGUUGAGUUAAUCUGCUGCAGGAUCCUGGAAUGAGUUGGAUUGUGUCUGGUUUCUCUUGGCAUUUUCUGCAUUUAUUGCCUGGUUUGUUUGUAUUGUUUAUAUUGUUGAUUUUUUCUUCUUUUUGUUAACCACCUUGUCCUGUAUUUCUGCAAGGAACCCCUCUGUUUCUGGGAAGAGGUCUCCAACUCUCAGUCAGGUGCUCGAUGCUUCCUUGUCAACAUCUAGUCUGCUCAGAUCAUUGGGAUGUCUCCCAUGGAGGGUCAUACUCAUUCCACUGGUUAAUGUUUUCUUCCAUAGUGAUGAUUCAUUUUUCUGGGUUGGCCUCUCAUUUAAGUUUUCUGGCCUGUAUUUCUUAUCACGAUUGCAUAUACACACAUGGAGUGUUGAACCCUGUUCAUUUUUGAUGAAAAUAUAUACUUAGAAGUUUUAUCUGACUGUUGUGUAAUUUUUGUUCGUGUGUGUUAUUCCUCUUCCUCCUUCUGUCCAAGAUAGUGUUAAUCUAAGUGGGUUUGAGUGUAAAUAGUCUUUUCUAUAUAAGGGGUUUCUUCCUUUAUAUUACUGCAAAGGCUCCUAAAAUGGCUUCUUUGUUAUGUUAUAAUAAAAAUGGCUUUUCUGUAAUAACUGCGAUUUAAGGAGUUCUGUCUCCCCUGUUGUUCAUCUCUCACUCUCCCUGUGGUGAUCGGUUGCAAACAGUCACCACUCUGGGUAAAGAGGUUUCCCUUGAAUUUUCUGCAGAUGAAGAAGCUGAGCUGACUGCGGUUCUGUCGAGAUGUUCUUCGCCCCUGAAAUCUCUGGGCUGAUGAAAAGUGACAUUGGUGGUUAACCUCCUUAUUGAGGGCUCAUUUCCACAUUAUGGGUCACUUUCCCUGCUUCUAAAGGGUUGUUGUUAGAAAACACCACUGCCCUCUAAAGACUGAAAGCAGAAUGGGAAACCAUUAGUUGGAUGUUCAACGAAGCAGGGUCAGAAAUUUGCCACUCGAUUGUACCUUUGUAAGUAAUCAGAUUGAGUUAAACUGCUGCAGGAUCCUGGAAUGCAUUGGAUUGUGUCUGGUUUCUCUUGGCAUUUUCUGCAUUUAUUGCCUUGUUUGUUUGUAUUGUAUGUAUUUUUUAUUUAUUUUUUUCUUUUUGUUAACCACCUUGUCCUGUAUUUCUGCACGGAACCCCUGUUUCUGGGAAGAGGUCUCCAACUCUCAGUCAGGUGCUUGUUGCUUGUCAACAUCUAGUCUGCUCCGAUCAUUGGGAUUUCUCCCAUGGAGGGUCAUACUCAUUCCACUGGUUAAUGUUUUCUUCCAUAUUGAUGAUUCAUUUUUCUGAGUUGGCCUCUCAUUUAAGUUUUCUGGUCUGUACUUAUUAUCACAAUUGCAUAUACACAUGGAGCAUUGAAUCCUUUUCAUUUUUGAUGAAAAUAUAUACUUAGAAGUGUAAGAGUUUUUUUCAUGUUAACUGCUAUGGCUAAUAAAAUGGCUUCUUUGUAAUACUAACUGCUGAUGUAAGGGGUUCUCGAUAGCAGCAUAUUUGAGUUAUAAUCAUAGAUAACGACUUUGGAAUGCCGUUGCUAAGCAACAGAAUGGAUGUUAUUCUUUCUUAUGUGUGAAAGCUAUUGUUUUGACUUUGGUUAGAAGGCACGGUGGGGACAGAAAGGGGAGACGCGACCCGAGAAAUGCUGUAAGCUGGGCGACUGAACGGACCCCGAGCGGGAGUCUGAGGCCCAGGGUCUUCGGUGAGGAGAGGAGACGAGGACAGCCUCGUGUGGAGCGUUUUGGCCGACGACCGAGAGUGGUGCCAUUCGAGGGUCGGCAGAGUUCGGAGGACAUCGACUGGAGGAGAGGAUACCUGAUUCAUGAGCUCCAACGAAUUAUUUGUGCAGAGAACUGAUAGAGUUACUGACUUGGUGCCUUUAUUGUAUUUGUUUCUACUAACCCAUCACCAAGAAGUACUUAUAGAGUGUAAUCAUUUAAUUGCAUAUGGUGUACUGUCUGUAAUUUUUUUCAUGUAUCUAUUCCUCUUCCACCUUCUGUCCAUGGUAGUGUUAAUCUUAAGUGGGUCUGAGUGGAAAUAGACCUUUCUAAAGUUGUCAUUUCAGUUCUUAUUUAUCUUUGUAAAUUUUACUGAUUGAAAUGGGACCAAGAUAUUUUCAUUAAAAAAAGUCAGUGUCAGUAUUCAUGAAAGUGUUUCUUGCCUUUGUUGUAUUUGUUAACUAUUAAGCUCUGUUUGGCAGGGUUUUUUUAGACUUGAACUAAGUUUUGUCAAAGGUUUUCCCGAUUUCGCACUAGUUUCUAUUUGCUGGUUGGUACGUGGGUACCGAGAGUCCCGAAGAAGGUUCUUGGCCCGAAAUCCUCCAGCACUUUGUGUUUCUCUGGAUUUCCUGCAUCUGCAGAUUCUCGUUUCCCAGAUAAUUA